CUUUCCAAAAAGAAAAGGAAAAUUAAAAUAUUGCAUCAUUAUUUCAAUUCGAGUAUAGUAAGGCUACCUACACUUCAUUCGCGACAAUUUAUACAUAGUAUUUGUGUUUUUUUCGGUCUCUCCUUCUCUCACAUGAGUAGUUGCUUGUUGUAGAGAGAGAGAGAAAGAAAGAAAGAAGGCUGCGCGGAACAGAGAUCCCCUAUUCAGACACACCAAACCUCUCUGCAAUUGCGACGUCUCCCUCUAUUCUUCUAUUAAUUCGAAGCCGAUAUUUUCACCCAGUUUCGAUUCUUUAAUUCGAUUGCUCGUAUUAUUCUAUUUGCUAUUUUUUUCCCGAGGGAAAUAAUUCAGUGUUUCUCGCUUGCGAGCCAAGUUUCUCUGCUAUAUCUAUAUACAUAUUCGAGUAUUUAGGGUUCGAAGUAUGGAAAAUUAGGGCAUCCGAGGAUAGAUUGGGAGUUGGAAUUGGGGCCUGAACUGGUAAUUGAGGUAAUUGAGGAAGAUGAUAAUCAAGAGGAACUUGAAAUCGGUAAUGCCGACUUUGAAACGCUGCCGAGUCGCUGACUCGGGCGCAGAGGACGACGAAAGUUCUGGGAAUCGGAAGAAACGGAAACCUAAUAACGGCUACUAUCCUCUGCAUCUUCUCCGUGACGUUGCCGCAGGUGUAAUUCCUUUCAGUGGAUAUGGUAUCCAGAGUAUUCUAGCACAAGGGGGCGUCGCCGGAGUUGCUGCUGCGCCCACGGCCGCUUCCUGGUGUAAUGGAGGUUCGUUAUGCCCGGCUGAGGCGGAGUCAAAAUUGAAGGGUAUUGACAGCGGCGAUAGAAUAGUGCAGGAGGCUCCUCGCCCGCCCUUGGUGAGGACUUCAAGAGGGCGAGUUCAGGUUCUACCUUCUCGAUUUAAUGACUCAGUUCUUGAUAAUUGGCGGAAAGAGAAGAGUAAAACUAGUGCGAAGGAAUCGGCAUUGGAUCCUGAAUUCAAUCCCUAUAAAGAAAGAGCCAAUCUCAAAAACUCCAAGCUUCGUGGAGAUACUAAGGAUAAGGUUAACUACCGAUGUCGUGAGGUUCCUCCAUAUCUGGGGGAUGAAACGGAAGAAUUGGGGUCUCAAAGGUCCAAGAGAUACGGUGUUAGGAAGUAUUCUAGCUCGCGGAGUACAUUAACUUCUUUGCAUGAGCAACAAGCAGAGAUCGAGGAGGAUGGAGAAUUAGAGGAGUGUAUAUAUUUGAGUGGCAUUAAUGAAUACGUUAAGGAGGAGGUGGAAAAGAAACGCAGGAUAUAUGGUCCCAAUGACUUUGUUUCAGGUGAUAUAGUUUGGGCCAUAUCCGGGAGGCGUUGUCCUGCCUGGCCAGCUAUUGUCCUUGAUACGGACACACAAACUCCUCAACAAGUUCUGAAUUUCCGUGUUGCUGGUGCAAUUUGCGUGAUGUUUUUUGGUUAUUCUGGUAAUGGGACGCAAAGGGAUUAUGCAUGGGUUAAACGAGGGAUGAUAUUUCCUUUUGUAGACUAUGUAGAUAGUUUUCAGGGACAGACAGAGUUGAAUGAUGGAAAGCCCAGUGAUCUGCGUACUGCCAUAGAGGAGGCAUUUCUGGCUGAAAAUGGAUUUAACGAGAUGUUGAUGGUUGAAAUCAACGCAGCAGCGGGCAAUUUAGAAUAUCUCCAGUCUCUGACGAGAGGGGUAUAUGAGGCAUCUGAUUCAAACCAGGAUCAGGAGUGUAAUUCAUUGAAUAAGGAGCGGCUCAGAAAGAAAGGGAUAGAAUCCUGUGAGGCCUGUGGCUUGAGUAUGUCUCCUAAAAUGCCAAAGAAACUGAAUGAUUCAAAUCUUGGAAGCAGUCGUCUGUGUCCUUCUUGCGCUCGGUUAAAGAAAAUGAAGCAUUACUGUGCCAUAUGCAAGAAGAUUUGGAAUCAGUCAGAUAGCGGUACUUGGGUACGUUGUGAUGGCUGUAAAGUUUGGGUGCAUGCCGAGUGUGACAAAAUUUCAAACAGUAGUUAUAAGGAUCUGGGAACCACCGAAUAUUAUUGUCCUGAAUGCAAAGCAAGGUUUAAUUUUGAAUUAUCUGAUUCCGAAAAUCUGGUCUCUAAAACCAAACAUAACAAGAAGAAUGGUCUGCCUGAUAAAGUCAAUGUUGUCUGCUCUGGGGUGGAAGGCAUCUAUUUUCCUAGCCUUCACUUAGUUGUUUGCAAGUGUGGCUCUUGUGGAACUGAGAAGCAGGCACUAAGUGAGUGGGAACGACAUACAGGUUGCAAAACUAAAAACUGGAAGACUAGCAUCAGGGUCAAAGGGUCCAUGAUACCACUCGAGCAAUGGAUGCUGAAGGUAGCUGAGUAUCAUUCACGCAAUGUGGUUCCUGGAAAAUCUCUUAAACGUCCUUCCAUUAAAGUCAGGAGACAGAAAUUGCUUGCUUUUCUUCAAGAGAAAUAUGAACCUGUUUAUGCGAAGUGGACGACAGAAAGGUGUGCAGUAUGCCGAUGGGUUGAAGAUUGGGAUUACAACAAAAUCAUCAUAUGCAACAGAUGUCAAAUAGCUGUUCAUCAAGAAUGCUAUGGUGCAAGAAAUGUUCAGGAUUUCACUUCAUGGGUCUGUAGAUCCUGCGAGACACCUGAUGUUGAGCGGGACUGCUGCCUCUGCCCUGUCAAAGGUGGUGCUAUGAAGCCUACUGAUAUUCCGCCUCUAUGGGUUCAUAUUACAUGUGCUUGGUUUCAACCGGAAGUUUGUUUUGCAAGUGAUGAAAAGAUGGAACCUGCCAUUGGCAUCCUUAGGAUUCCUUCAAAUUCUUUUGUCAAGAUCUGUGUAGUUUGCAAGCAAAUUCAUGGCUCCUGUACACAAUGUUCCAAGUGUUCCACUUAUUACCAUGCAACAUGUGCAUCAAGGGCUGGCUAUCGCAUGGAGUUGCAUUGCUUGGAGAAAAAUGGGAAACAGAUCACCAAAAUGGUUUCCUAUUGCGCUUACCACAGGGCUCCAAAUCCAGAUAAUGUUUUGAUUAUUCAGACUCCUAAAGGUACUUACUCUACAAAAGGUCUUCUCCAGAACAAGAAGAAUACCUGUUCUAGGUUAAUUUCAUCAAACAGAUUGAAACUUGAGGAAGCCCCAAGUACGGAGGUUACUGAUGUUGAGCCUCUCUCUGCUGCAAGAUGCCGGAUUUACAAGAGAUUGAAUAAUAAGGGCCAGAGAACGAGCGAAGAGGCUGUUUUCCACAGAGUAAUGGGACCUUGCCAUCACUCUCUAAAUGCAAUACAGAGCCUGAAUACCAUCAAAGAAAUAGAAGAGCCUAAGACCUUUUCUACUUUCCGCGAACGUCUUCGCCAUUUACAGAGAAUGGAAAUGGAACGUGUUUGUUUUGGUAGAUCUGGAAUCCAUGGAUGGGGCCUCUUUGCUCGUAGGAAUAUCCUAGAAGGAGAAAUGGUUCUUGAGUAUCGCGGAGAGCAGGUCAGGCGCAGUAUUGCAGAUCUGAGGGAGGCCCAGUAUCGCAAUAAGGGCAAAGACUGCUAUCUUUUUAAGAUCAGUGAAGAAGUCGUAGUAGACGCCACGGAUAAGGGAAACAUUGCUCGGUUAAUUAACCAUUCAUGCAUGCCGAACUGCUAUGCAAGGAUCAUGAGCGUAGGUGAUGACGAGAGCCGGAUAGUGCUUAUUGCCAAGACAAAUGUCGCUGCUGGUGAUGAAUUAACGUACGAUUACUUGUUCGAUCCUGACGAGUGCGAUGAAUUCAGAGUCCCUUGUCUGUGUAAAGCUCCAAAUUGUCGAAAGUUCAUGAAUUAGUUUUGUAGUAGACACAAAAGUUACAGGCAUUAUAUUGUUUCUCCGCAAAGGAGCUCUAACCAUUGGUUUCUCUCCUAUCGGACCUCACAGCUGGAUCACUAAUUUUUAUUUUAUUUUUUUUUCUUUCCGGUCGAAAAGGGGAAUAUGUAUUUUCUUAUUCCUUUUCGCUUUUUGUCUUUUCACUUUUGGUAGUCUCUCCAAAGUGUAAUAAUUGCUCUGACUUCCUUAAAAUAGUAGGUUAAGCCGGGCAGCUUUGUAUAGCUUGGAUAAUACUUACAAUAUCUAAUGCUUUUGUUUAAAUCCCAAAUCAAUUAACUUUA